AUGAAUUCCAAUUUCACAUUCCCCCCACAGAAACUUGAUGAUCAGGCAAUUACUGCUUCAUUUGAACAACCACUAGAAAUAAAUGAUGAGAUAUUUGUAGAUCAAUCCACUAUUACAAAUGAUUCAAGUAAUAACAAUACUCCUAUUAAUAAUACAGACAGUUUACCAAAUAGACCCCAAACCAUCCAAAUGAAUGAGUCACCUACAAACCAACACUCCAAUAUACAACAUUAUACACCUGUAUCUUCUUCCAUACCGCAAAUCGAUAUCCCUUCUCCAAAUAAUACACCUCCAGAUAUGAUACGAUACCAAAACAAUGUUAAUAUAUAUUCAACUAAUAAUAAUACUAUCCCUGCUAAUUCUGUCCCUUCUCCAAGUUAUGUUACUACUGAAGCGUCACCCAAAUUGAAUGCACCACACCCAUUCCAAUUUCCUCUUCCCAUCUCUCUCUCUGAAUCAAUUGAAUUUCCUCAGACUGAAGACCCAAAUUUCCAAAAUAGUAAUAAUAACAUUAAUAAUCCAAUAACAAUUAAUUCAUCAAUAGAAGUUCCACAAUCUUUAAAUAUUCCUCAAUCGCCACAUUUUCAACAAGAGAUAAACAACCCCCAAUACAUUGAAACCGAAACUAUUAUAGAGCAAUCUCCAAAUCAAUAUGAAAAUAUGGUACAUCAAGAACAAGAUCAACACAUAGAAGUUCCAAGUCGAACAAUUAUAACACCAGUAAAUGCUACACCACCACCUGCGGCUACACCAACUACAGUAGAUUAUGCAAACAGUCUAAGAAAUCAAAUGGCUACUGAUAUGAAAGCUCCAUCAGAAUACGCUCUACAUAUUCUAUUUACUAAAUUUGUUAGAAAUGCAGAAAACAAACUAAAUCUUUGUCUACAAUAUCCAUUAACAACAGAACCUCCAAUUGUUGAUAUAUUAGGAGAAGGUGUUGAUCCAUUCUUUGACAAAAUAAUUGAAUCAUUAGGCCACAUCGCGAAGAAGAAACCAAAGCCAGUUAUUGAUGCUAUGAUGUUUUGGAGAAAGACUAAAUCUGAAAUAGUUAGUGUUGCUGCCGAAGAUGUUGAAAAAUUACUUAAAGAGUACGAUUCAGAAAUGGAACACUUAAAUUCGGCCAACGCAACUCAUUCUCAGCAAAAUUCGACUUUACAUACCAGAACAAGAAGAUCGUACACUCACACUAAAACAUCAUCGGUUGAAUCGAAAUUUACACAUAGAAGGCGAAAUUCUUCUAAAUCCUCAGUUACAACUAAAAAUAUUUCUCCAUCUUCUCAACUAAAAGAUUUAGAAAUUCAACUUGAAGUAGCGAAAGAAAAUGCCUUUCAAGCAGAUAGAAAAUCGCUCAUAAGUAUCUAUAUCCUUUGUCGUGUCUUGAUAGAAAUUAUUAAACAAGCCCCAACAGAUGCUGAUCAAGAUUUAAGUAAUAAAUUAGAAGAAAUAAUAUUCACCCAAUUGAAAACAACUGAUCCACUAUCUAUAUCAUCAAGUAUUAUUAAAUCAUCCAAUUGGAAUGCAUUUGCAGAACUACUUGGUUAUAUGUCUGAUGUCAAAUUUAUUUCAGUAAGUGACAGGUUCAUUGCGGAACUUGAAAAAGUACCUCAACAGUUAACGCAAGAUGAAGAAGCAAGUAUACAUCUAUUAAUUUUAGGUAUGCGUUAUAUUCGUCUAAAACACUAUCCACUGGAUAAGUUUGAGGAAACUGCUGAUUUUAUGAAAAGUUUAGCAAAAUUUUUUUCCAAUACAACUAACGAAGUGAUACAAGUAGCAUAUGCGGAAGUAAUUAGUCACCUAUUACUGCCCUUGGCUGGCUCAUUAACUGCAGAAGUUAAUCAUCCAACUUGGGUAGAUGCUAUUUCACUGCUUCUAGGAAUAUCUCAAAAAUUACAGCUGAGACCGGAAACAUGGGUUAGUGGAUUUAAAUUGAAUGUUGCGGUUCUAAGUGUGGCACCACAUGAAUUAUUCUCUAAAUAUUGGUUUCAAUUGAUAGAAGGUAAUAUAGAUCAAAUUAGAACGAGAUCUUUGGAUGAUCGGGUUAUAUUUGCGGUUGGAUUAUCAAGAUUGAUAUGGGUUUACCUGUAUCGUUGUCCUGAUACAUUAAAUAAUACAACAAGAACAUUAUUAAAACUUUACGAAUUAUACAUUACCGAUUCUAAAAAGAUCGGCUGGAUCACUACUGAUAUGGAAUUAAUCAGCCCCUUAUCUGAUGUCCUUGUUUCAAUUGGGUAUUCAUACCCUAAUCUUCUUAUGGAAAAUGUUCUUCAUCCUUUAAUUAAAAAUUCAUUUGAUUCUAAAACACUGAAUAAUAUUGUAUAUGAGAAACUUCUUCUAGCAAUCACAACCUACAGAGGAUUAUUAAUGACCACUAUUAGACCUGAUUUUCCAGAAGAAGACAGUCGAUACUAUGAUAAAGGUCUAGACGACUUAAAUAUUAUCCAGAAAGAAGCUGAUGUAUUAAAUCAUGAGGAAAUUUGUAUCCAAUUACAUAAACUCUUUAUUUUAUUAGAUUCAAACAUUGGUUCUGAAGUAUGGUCACCGGAAAAUGAACAUCGAAAACAAUCGAGCACUCAACUAGGUCCAUUUUCUUUCAAAUUUUCUGGUGAUAAUAGCACUCAUUCCUUUAAUACCACAAAUAACAACAAUAAUCCAGAUAACGAGCUUAAUAUUUUACUAUUUUCAACUCUUACUGAGACAAUUCCGUGCUGCAUUACUAUUUACAAAAAACUACCUUUUAAAUCUACUAUAGAAAUAUUUUCCAGGAAUGCAGUUCAUUCGAAUUAUUUUAUUUCAACUAGCUGCCAAUUGGCACUUAAAUCGUUAGCUUCUAGAAAGAACCCAUAUACAUUGAUUACGUGGUUCGCUAAGUAUUCUUUUGAUUUUGAUGAGAAAACUCAAUCAAGCUAUGACAUGACUUAUCUCAACUCUGUGGAGUACAAAAAACUUCUAGUGUUAUAUGUAGAACUAUUAGACUGUUGGUUACAAAAUUUUCAAAAUUCAAACUUGAGAGAGCAAAAGAGAGACACAGGAUUGGAUGGAAUAGAUCUACCUCUAAAGGAAACAGAUAUGACUGAACAUAAAGAACAAGAUUCAUUGGAAUGGAAGAGUACCAUCACUGUAAUUGAAGAUGUGGAGGGUAAUGGACUAUUUUUCCUAUGUUCCCAAGAUGCUACAGUACGUAGAUUAGCAAUUGAAAUUUUACGUAUUACAAGGAAAUUUGAUUUUGCUAUGUUUGAAAAGACAAUACGAGUAACAGAUACACAUGCCAGAAUGCCGUCAUAUUUAACGACUGAUCGUGGUACAAGACUUAUUGAUGUACUAAAUGAUAGUGAUUAUUCUUCCUUGCUGGAUGCUAACAGAGCACCUUUAAGUACUGUGGAGAAAAAAAGGCUAAACAAAUUAAAUUUAAAAAUCAAGAAAGGAUUAUUAAUUAGAUUAGCAGAAUCUGAUUAUGGGGUUGAUACUGCUUUAUGGCAACGUAUAUUCCCUAAACUUCUUGCAAAAAUUGUGAAUGUGAGUCCGAUGGUAAUGGCGUUAUGCAGGUCGAUUGUUUGUAUUAGAUUAGUUCAAGUCCAUGAUAUAAUUCUACGUGUAGCUAACGGUAUUGAACAUGAUCCUCACGAACUUCUACCAGAAACUAUUGCAAAUCAAUGGAAAUUAUAUUUGAUUGUCGCCUGUACAUCACUAACCUCAACUGCUGAUCAAAAAUUACACAUACCAGACGAUAUUAAAAGUCAUGGGAGAAAAAAGAGUCAACAAAUAUUUACCGUACAGCAUCAAAAAAUUACCUCAGCGACUUCCAUUUUCAAAGUUGUUCUACCUCUUUUAAACGCCAAGUCAACCCUUAUUAAAGACGCUGUAAUUGUAGGCUUAAGUUCAAUGAAUAUCAAUAUUUAUAAAGCAUAUAUUGAGAACGUUGAUAAAUUUUUAUGUGGAUGGAAAGCGAACAGUUCACAAAAUAAAAUGCGUGUUGAGAUGUUUCAUGUUUUAACAAUUCUUUCCAGAUUCUUAAAUGAUAAAUUAAUAUUAGAUGAUAUCUGGAUCUUAAAAAAGGUUUCUGAAUUUAUUAGACAUACUAAACAAUUUUUACAAGAUGAAGUUAUUCAGAUUACAUAUGAAUUUCAAAGCUUAAGGAGUUAUUUUGCUGAGUUUGUUCUAAGAUAUUACUCGACUAUUCGAGAUCAUCCUUCUGUAAAUGAACUAUUCCCAUUCCAAGCAAGAACAUCUUGUUUCAAUUAUUUUAAAGAAUGGUGUGGUUAUGGUCCAUAUGCAUAUAUCGGCGAGGGAAGAUAUUCCUCUAUGAUAAAAAAUGCACAAAAUAAUAGAGUACAAACUACCAUAACUGCAGGGAUUGAAUUUCAAAGAAAUAAAUUAGAAAUAUUGGCAUUAGAGACUAUCUUAACCCUUUGCUCUGAUUCAAUCACCGAGACAUUCAAUGGUGAUACAGAUGCUCCCAUCAUUGUAUCAUUUGAUACAACAAGCUUACUAUCUUUAAUCGAGGCCUUAUUCAAUGCAGAUAAUCAAGUUAUCAAGAACUUAGGUGUUCGCACACUGCAAAAUCUUUUGGAGAAAAAUACAGAGAAUACUAAGUUAUUUAAAGAUGUGUUUACAAGAUGCGGAUCUGUUCAUACAAAUGCUAGUGUUAGUAUUUUUUACUAUACAACAUUAUGCAAAGCUAUUUUCAAAACAGAUACCUUGAUUCUGGAUGAAGAUGAACUAGUUUCCUUAGGUCUUUACGGUUUAAUGUCUGAUGAUGAAUCUAUGAGAAUUUGUGCUGUUGAACUGUUAUCUGUUGUCGAAACCAAACUGCAUAACUCAUCAUAUUCGAAAGUCUUCAGAGAAAGAGCUGCGAAUUCGUCCAAAACUGUUUACAAGGCAACAGCAAAGGAAAUAUCUAGUAUAUUCGCAGAUUUAUCUUCUCAUGAUUUAUGUUUAAGAACCUUUGCAAAUUUGACAAAUCUUUUAAAUUUAUUAAGCUUUCAAAUUAAGAGAGAUGUUUUAACAUUAUUGGUUCCUUGGGUAAACAAGUUAGUAUUGAAAACAUUGGAUGAUUCUGAUAGUAUUAUGGUGUUACGAAAUAUAUUUUACAUAACUAUUGAAUUAAAUGAAGAACUUCCUAUGGAGGUUGAACAACUCUGGAUUUCAUUAGGUAAAGGUAAUUCAUUUCAAAAUGCUCAUAUUGCCUUGGAAUAUAUUAUUGUUUCUUCAAUUAAUCAUAGAAACCCAAUUUUUGUCGAAUAUUGUAGAGAUGUAGUUCUAUACCUUUUCAAUGUCCCGGGGAAUUUAGGUCUAAUCGAUACUUUACUUGCAAAUUUGGAACCAAAGUUAAUGAUCCCACCUUCCAAUAAGACAAUAAUUGAGUAUAGAGAUGAAGGUAAGUAUUCCUUUGUAGCAAAUAUUUGGGAUAGAUUAAAUUAUAAAGAACGAGGUGUGAUAUUUUCCAAGGCUCAAUUAUCGUUAAUAUUUUUGGUGAAUAUUUUAUCUACUCCUCAUGAAACUACAAAAUCUAAUCUCCCAACAUUACUACACACAUCAAUUUGUUUGUUAGAUCAUUAUGUUCCUCAAAUUCAACAAAGUGCUUCUAAAAUCAUCUGUGAUUUAAUAUUUACGUUUGCUCCCACUCAUGAAAAAUCUGAAGAAACCGUUCAAUUGUUAGGAAGCAAAUCUGCAUUAUGGUCUUAUGAUAACUUAAAUAAAGACAAGGCGGGAUCUAGGUCACCUAAAACAAUGGACAGUUUAAUUAGAAACUUACUUUUGAUAUUUUCCGAAACAGAAAUGUUACGAAUCGAUUGGCAAAGGGUUGCCUUAAAAUGGGCCACCACAUGCUCUGUGCGUCAUAUUGCUUGCAGAUCAUUUCAAAUUUUUAGAUCUUUAUUGGAUUUCCUGGAACAAUCUAUGUUAAGAGAUAUGCUUCACCGUUUAUCAAAUACUGUGUCUGAUGAAAAUAUUGAUAUUCAAGGUUUUGCAAUGCAAAUUUUAAUGACGUUAAAUGCAAUCACUGCCGAAUUAGAUCCUGCUGACUUAAUUAAUUUCCCUCAAUUGUUAUGGUCUAUUACUGCCUGUUUAGGUAGUAUUCACGAACAAGAAUUUAUUGAGGUGUUGUCAUGUUUUAUGAAAUUUAUUUCAAAGAUUGAUCUUGAUUCCCCAGAUACUGUUCAAUGUUUAGUUGCAACCUUUCCUUCUAAUUGGGAAGGUCGUUUUGAAGGACUACAACAAAUUGUUAUGAGUGGUCUACGCUCAUCCAAUUCAUUAGAUAUUACUUGGAAAUUUUUGGAUAAAUUAAAUCUAUUAAAGGAUAGUAGAAUUAUUGCAGAAACUGAAUCUAGAUUAUUAUUUGCCUUAAUUGCUAAUUUACCAAGAUUCUUAUAUGCUAUGAACACAAAGGAAUAUGAUAACAUUCAACAAGCCGCUAGUGCGUUAAUAUCCUUGGCUAAUUCUCAGAACCAACCAUCAUUAUCAAGGCUAAUUGACUCAUUAGCUAAAAAUAAAUUUAGAUCCAAGAAAGAUUUUAUGAGCCAAAUUGUUAGCUUUAUUUCAAGAAUUUAUUUCCCUAAAUAUUCAUUCCAAACAUUAAUAUUUUUCCUUGGAUUGUUAUUGAAUAAAGUUGGUUGGGUAAAAGAACAAUCAAUGGUUAUAUUAAAAUAUAUUAUUCCCUUGAUUGAUUUAUCCAAACCCGAAUUUGUUGGUGUUGGUGCUGAUUUAAUUUCUCCAUUGUUAAGAUUACUUUUAACUGAGUAUGAAUCUCAAGCACUAGAAGUUCUUGAUUGCUUUUCUGAUGUCUCUGGUAGUAAAACUGAUAAAGAUGUAUUAAGAUUGAGUAUGGGUAAUAAAGAUGUCAAAAAUGGUAAUACUGCCGCUGCAACUUUAUUUGGUAUACCUGAAGAAAGUGGGUGGUCUAUUCCUAUGCCAAAAAUGAUGGCAGCUACUACUCGUCACAAUGUUCAUGCAGUAUUUACUACGUGUACUAUUGAGACUGGUACCGAAGAGGAUAUGGAAAAAGAUACUAAUAAUAUGGAAGAUGUUGUUGAAUUCCAUGCUGAUAGUGACUACGGCCCAAUUAACAAUGAGAAUAAUGACACUGCAUCUAUCAAUGAGGAAAAUGAAGCUUCAUUAAGUCAUAUGUGGGCAGAAUUAGAUAAUCUUGAUAGUUUUUUCACAAAGAACACAUCAAACCAACCAAUUGUCCCUGAACCUUCAGAUAGAGAUAUAUUUGAAGGUGAACCUGAUCCUACCCAUUCAUUAGGAACCUCUGCUACAGAUAAUGCAUAUGUUGGAGAUUUUGCUCCUCAAUUCUAUGACAAGAAAGUAUCCGAUUUAUUGAAUAGAAGCUUGACUAAAACGAAUUCCAAUGUCUCAUUUCGUGCUAAUUUAGCAGAUUCCUUCAUCUAUAAUCCAAGUAUUUCUAAUAAGAUGGGCUACAUGCGUCAUUCUACAGGAAACACGGCCACUAAAUUCUAUGGAGGAGGCAACCGUAGCAAAAGAUCAUCACGGUUCCAAAUCAGUCCGAAGAACCCUACUCAUUUGGAAUAA